ACGAGAACACCUUUAGCAUUUCCAUUGGGGACCGUCGGAUAGGGUUAUGUUGUCCGUGCGGUCCGAUAAGGAACAGCUGCAUGUUUAUAGACCGUGAAAGUAACUCGCUCUAGCAGACGCAUACCAAACGCAGCGAUCAUGAAGUCACUCUCCGUCAUCGCCAUCGCAUUGGUGCUAGUCGGUCAGUGCUGGGGCGCCGAAAAACCAGCUGAUCCCGAGGAAAACAGCAAGGAGAAUCGCGUGAUCUACCCGAAUCCUUGGAUUCCCCUACCAUGGCCCAACAUUCCUCGGCCAUGGGUUCGACCUUGGCCUCAGCCCGAGCCUCUACCUUGGCCUAAGCCUUGGCCCCGGCCUGAGCCAAUGGACCACAUAGUGAAAGACUUGCCGAAGGUGGAGGUUUCAAGCGAAGAACAGCCGACCACGAAGGAGCGCGGGCUUUACUUUCUCUUGCCUAAGCCAUGGCCAAGACCGUGGCCGAAUCCCAGACCUGGGCCUUUUCCCCGGCCUUGGGUUUGAGUCCGAAUAACAGAUCGCCAACACUUCUGUGAAAUUGAACGUCGUGGCAAGCAUUAAACGCUCUUUGUCCCUCC